GGAGGAGGAUGAUGAAUUGAAUGAUAGCUAGAAAAGUUAUAUCAAAUAAUAUAACCUUUAUUUUUUUCUUUUAGCUGUGAUUACAACAUAGUAUGUUUCACUUAUGAAUGUGAUCUUUGUUAGUGUUCUCCUAGGUGUUAGGGAUUCUUCAUGCCCUCUUAAAUUUCUUUUCUUUGAAUAAAAGCUCUGGAACAUAAAGCUGAAGGAAGCAUGAAUUCAACAUCAACACACUUCGUGCCACAGAGUAGAGUUGGUAUAUACGAGCCUCUCCAUCAGUUUGGUAUGUGGGGAGAAACUUUCAAGAGUAAUAUUGGCAAUGGGGCAAAUAUGAACACUCCAAACCACAUUCUAAUACCAAAUAAUCAAAAACUAGACAACAACAACAACUUGUCAGAGGAUACUUCCCAUGGAACCCCACACAUGUUUGAUCAAGAAGCUUCUACGUCCAGACAUCCUGAUAAGAUACAGAGACGGCUUGCGCAGAACCGCGAGGCUGCUAGGAAAAGUCGCUUGCGCAAGAAGGCUUAUGUUCAGCAGCUGGAAACAAGCAGGUUGAAGCUAAUACAAUUAGAGCAAGAACUUGAUCGUGCUAGACAACAGGUUGAUGAAGCCAAAAUUUAUUUUAGGUUUAUUUCCAUUUCCAAAAUACAUCGCAAACUCUCAUAUAAAAUUGGAUGUUUUCAGGGGUUCUACGUUGGUAAUGGCAUAGAUACUAGCUCUAUAGGUUUCUCCGAAACCAUGAAUCCAGGGAUUGCUGCGUUUGAGAUGGAAUAUGGACACUGGAUAGAAGAACAGAACAAGCAGAUAUUUGAACUAAGAACGGUUUUGCAUGGACAUGUUACCGAUGUGGAGUUACGUUCUCUAGUGGAAAACACCAUGAAACAUUACUUUGAGCUUUUCAGGAUGAAGUCAGCAGCUGCAAAAGCAGAUGUGUUCUUCGUCAUGUCAGGGAUGUGGAGAACUUCUGCAGAACGGUUCUUUCUUUGGAUUGGUGGGUUUCGACCCUCUGAUCUUCUCAAGGUUCUUUUGCCACAUUUUGAUGUGAUGACUGAUCAACAAGUUCUAGAUGUAUGUAACUUAAGACAAUCUUGUCAGCAAGCCGAAGAUGCGUUGUCUCAAGGCAUGGAGAAGCUACAACACACGAUUGCGGAAUGUGUUGCACGUGGAGGACUUGGUGAAGGGAACUAUAUUCCUCAGGUUAAUUCUGCUAUGGAGAGAUUAGAAGCUUUGGUCAGUUUUGUUAAUCAGGCUGAUCACUUGAGACAUGAAACAUUGCAACAAAUGCAUCGGAUAUUGACCACAAGGCAAGCGGCUAGAGGGUUAUUGGCACUUGGUGAGUAUUUUCAACGGCUUAGAGCCUUGAGCUCGAGCUGGGCAACUAGACAUCGUGAACCAACAUAAAUUUUAAGUUUCUAAAAACAGCAAGAAGAAUCAAGAAAAACAGAGGAUUACUACAUAAUAAAUGGGGGUUGCUGCUGAUGAUUAUUUUUUAUUCUGCGGCCCAAUCAGAAGAACAAUUGAAAAACGUGUACUAAACUUGUAAAUAUCAGAAAAGGUGAGGCGUUCGUUUUCCGGGUGUAGCCUUUAAAGAGACAAGUUUUUCGGAUGUUUGCUUGAUUAUAUAGAAGUUGGUCCCAAAUUAAUAAUAAUAAUAAAUAAGUGUGUGUUCAAGUUAUUAUCAAUGGGGUAUUCAAUCUGGUAACCAAACCAAAAUAGAGAAAAUGGCUUACAUUUGGUAGUAUCGAAUAAACCGAAUAGAUGUUAAUCAUAAGAAACUACGGUAUAUGGAUAUAGUUUGGUAUAUAAACCGAACGAACCGAGGAAACCAAUUUGU